AUGGAGCAGUCGCAGUGUGGCAGCAGAGACCGCAGCGCUAGCGGCCGAGCCCAUCUGAUUCCAGGGCUGGUGGGGGGCCCUGCGCCCCCGGCCGCGGCUUUGCCCGUGCCCUCGGGGAUCCCCGUUCCUCCGGCUUUCCUGCGGCCGCCCAGCCUCUUUCUGCGAGCAGCCGCCGCCGCUGCUGCCGCCGCGGCUGCCGCCACCAAGGGAAACAGUGGCUGCGCGCCGCCCGCUCUGGGGCUGGAGAGAGCGGUGGGCGCUGCGGGCUGCGGCUACCCGCGGACGCCCAAGUGCGCGCGUUGUCGCAACCACGGCGUGGUGUCCGCGCUCAAGGGCCAUAAGCGCUUCUGCCGCUGGCGGGACUGCGCGUGUGCCAAGUGCACCCUGAUCGCCGAGCGCCAGCGCGUCAUGGCUGCCCAGGUGGCGCUGCGCAGGCAGCAAGCGCAGGAGGAGAGCGAGGCCCGGGGGCUGCAGAGGCUCCUGUAUUCGGGCCCCCAGGGGCCCGGGAAUCAGGCCUCCGGAGGCACCUGCAGAACCGAGAAAGCCCAGGCCGCUGGCUGCCCCGCGCUGGGACUGGGUGUCUUGAGACCGGCCAGUGGUCUGGCAACCCCCGCUUUCGAGGUUUUCCAGCAAGAUUGUCCCGAGGAUAAACAAGAACAAAAAGAAAGGAAAUGUGACUCAUGCCAGAGCGGACAAGAACAAGUCUCCAGAUCCCAUCCACUUUCCCUGGGGUCAUCUCCUAAGUCUCCUGGUGUCAAACAAAGCACCAACUGCUCUCUUUCAGAACGCUCCAGCAAACCUGACAGCAUCCUGUCAUGUCACCUUGGGGAGCAAUCAGGAGGUGAAGAGAGUCCCAGGUCCUUGUCAUCUUCUGAUCUGGAGUCAGGAAAUGAAAGUGAGUGGGUUAAAGACUUUACUGCUACCAGAGGCAGCCUUACUGCUGUUUCCUCAAGACCAAGAGACCCUCUUGACAUCCUUACCAAGAUUUUUCCAAGUUACAGGCGCAGUUGGCUGGAAGGCAUUCUACAGCUCUGCAAAGGAGAUGUGGUCCAAGCCAUUGAACAGGUCUUAAACGGGAAAGAGCACAUGGCAGACACUAGGGACCCAGCAGGCACAGGAGAGCUGGAAAACACAGCCUGUCAGAGGGCUUCCAGUUUUAGUCUGGGAGUUGGACUUGGAACUCUAGGUACUAAAUCAGCUUUCUCUCCUCUUCAAACCACUUCUGCUUCUUAUGGAUGUGAUUCGGAUUUCUACCGCUUAAAUCCUAGAUUAGGCAUCAGUCCGCUACGGCUGGCAUACUCUUCUCCAGGAAGAGGGUUGUCUGGUUUUAUGCCAUCCUACCUGACACCUGGCUUAGUACCAGCAUUACCUUUUCGGCCAUCUUUGGAUUAUGCCUUUUCAGGGGUGAUUAGGGAUUCCUCCUACCUUCCCCAUAAAGACUCAAUAACUGGUGGUAGACUAUACUCCCGAUUGCAUCAGGAAAAUCUUUAA